CAAACACUCUCUAUUUAUAUCAACCACGCUCCCUCCCAUUCUCCUCAGUCCUCACUCAUCUUUUUCACUUCUCCCUGUUUUUUCUCUCUCUAUCUCAAGAUUAACUUUGUUUUUAGAGGGAGCUCGUGGGUGAGUUACUAAAAUGGAUUUUGUUGGGGUUUUCUUGGUUGUUUUUCUUUCGAUUUUGUGUGGAGCUCACGGCUAUGGCGGCGGUUGGACUAAUGCUCAUGCAACCUUCUACGGAGGCAGCGAUGCCUCUGGAACUAUGGGCGGCGCGUGCGGGUACGGCAAUCUGUACAGCCAGGGCUACGGUACCAACACGGCGGCGCUGAGCACAGCCCUCUUCAACAACGGGCUGAGCUGCGGGUCCUGCUACGAGAUCCGGUGCGCCGGCGCCGGCAAGUCGUGCCUCCCCGGGUCGAUUCUGGUGACGGCGACCAAUUUCUGCCCGCCGAACAACGCCCUGCCCAACAACGCCGGCGGGUGGUGCAACCCACCCCUCCGCCACUUUGACCUGUCUCAGCCCGUUUUCCAGCGCAUUGCGCAGUACAGGGCUGGGAUUGUCCCUGUUGCUUACAGAAGGGUUGCCUGCAGAAGAAGGGGUGGCAUUAGAUUCACAAUCAACGGCCAUUCUUACUUCAACCUCGUCCUCGUGACCAAUGUUGGGGGGUCUGGAGACGUGCACUCGGUCUCGAUAAAAGGGUCGAGGACCGGUUGGCAGCCAAUGUCCCGCAAUUGGGGGCAAAAUUGGCAAAGCAAUGCAUUUCUCAACGGUCAGAGCCUCUCGUUUAAAGUCACGACAGGCGAUGGCCGAAAGCUCAUCUCCUACAAUGCAGCCCCUGCCGGCUGGUCUUUUGGCCAGACGUACAGCGGAGCUCAAUUCCGGUGAAAAUGUUGUUAAAUUGCUAAAAAAAUUUAAAGAAAUAUAUAUAUAUAUAUAUAU